AUGAGUGAUAAUGUUUUGGACGAAUAUGAGUCUCUUGAAUUGAAUAGUGAAUCUCAUGAUUCUAAAUUGAUACCUCAGCCAUAGCAAUAUGUACAAGAAGACUUAGAGGACAUAAUCAGAUAAUAGCCAAUCUUUUUUGAAUAAGAAAUUCAAUCUGGAAACUUUAAUUUGUUGGUAUUGCAUACUCCUGAGAAUUUGGAUGAACUAGAUUCCACAGGCUAUGCAUUAAUUCAUCAUGCAAUCUCAUUCGAAAGAUAGGACAUUAUCAAAUACCUACUUGUCAAGGGUGCAAAUCCUUUGAAUAAAUCUCAAAUUGAAUAAAGCUGUUUAAUGAUGGCUUGUCACUUUGGAAACCAAGAGUUGGUUUAGCUUUUUAUAGAAUUAGGAAACAAGAUCAACGAUUAAGAUAAUUUAUAAUUUACUCCUCUUCUUUAUGCCACCAAAUGUAACCACCACUUGAUUGCACUCUACUUGAUUGCUCUGCAAGCCAACACAGAUGUCAAAGAUAAUGCUGGAUGUACCAUAAUGCAUUGGGCUGCCUAUACAAAUGAUGUGUAUAUGCUCAAAUAUUUUGAAGGCGAUAAAUCCUAUAAUCAGCAGGAUUCUAAGGGCAAGACUCCAUUGAUAAGAGCAAUUUCUAAUUAUUCGAACGAUGCUGUCGAAUAUUUGCUUAGGACAUACCCAGACAUUAUGCCUAAUAAGGAAAUAGAUUUAAAGACUUAAGCCAUAAAAAAGAUAGUUGAAACUGUGAAGUACCAAUAAUUCAUAAAAAAGCACAAUACGAGAUUCGUUUAAUAUUCAUUUAUAGGUGUAGUUUAUUUUAUAAUUGGGGUUCUUGUUGUGAACAAUUUUUGGAGAUUGCAAAAUGAUGACGUCUAUGGAUAUAGCAUUUCCUUAAUUUCCUUAAUUCUGACACUCUACAGUUUAUUUUAUUGCAUUAUAUUUAUAUCUAAAACUACAAGCAGACAGGAGGAAGGCAAAAAGAUAUCUAAGGGUUUGGGACAUCCCAAGAUAAGUUAUGAAUGUCAUCACCAUGGGGAUGGGGAACAUAGACAUCACAUUUUGGAAGAGGAGAUCAACUUGGGAGAAAAUCAAGAUGAUGUGGAAUAUGGGAAUUCAUAGAAUCUAUCAGAAUUGUUGAGAGCAGUCAAAUUGCAUUUUGAGAAGGAUGAGCAAUUUUUGACUUUCGAAAUAACAAGGACUUGUCCAAAAUGCAAAAUAGUUUAAAAAGCACAAGUGUACCAUUGUGAUCAUUGUAAUUUAUGUGUCAAAGGAUUUCAAUUUCACUCCAUCUACUUGAAUAAAUGCAUAAACAACACAAAUCAUUUUUUCUAUGUCAUCUUAUUGUUAUCCUACUUCAUAACGUUUGUAAUUAAUGUCUACACUGCAUUUUAUACAUUAUCGAAUAAUAAUUUUAGUAUUACUUUAUUUUACUUCCUGCCCUUGUUUUCAAACAUUAGUAUUGUCGAAUAAAUCGCAUAUUAUGGGAUGAUUUUUGGCAUAUACAUCACGUCAAUCAAUUUAAUUGUGUAGGUUGUUUGCGUGUUUUGCAAUAUGACUGAACACGAGUUAUUGAACACUGAACAAUAUAAGUAUCUUUAUGAACUUAUACUAAUUAAUGGAUUUUAUUACAUGAAACUAAGAAAAGUUGGGGAUAUAUUUGAAAACGUAAAAUCUUACAUUUGGAAUUAAUAUAGUGAAUUAAGAAUCUUGUGAUAUAUUUAAUUUAAAGUUACACAUUUUAUUACCUU